UCCAGUCCCACUGCAGCCGGAGACCGGGGAGGACUGACCACACACACACACACACACACACACACACCGGGGACAGAGCGGGACAGAGCGGGACAGAGGAGCUGAUUUGUGUCUGUAUGAGAAAUUAAGCAGCUGUGAACAAAAAAACAGUAAAGAGAUGAAGCUGCUGUUGGCCGUGACCUCCAUGCAGAUGCUCCUGGCUCCGGUGCUCAUGAUGCCGGGUGCUGAUUACUGGGCCGAAUGGGGGCCGUAUGGAGAGUGCAGUCGCUCGUGUGGCAUCGGCGUGACCGUGAGGACCAGACUGUGUGUGAGUCAGCGCACUGACGGAGGACGCAGCUGUGUAGGGCCGAAUAAAUCCUAUCGCACGUGUAAUAUUCAGGACUGCCCUGAGGGGUCGAGAGAUUUCAGAGAGGAGCAGUGCUCUCAGUUUGACGGAACUGAUUUUCAUGGAAAAUACUACAAAUGGUUACCUUACUAUGGAGAGAACCCGUGUGAGCUGAACUGCAUCCCCAAAGGAGAGAACUUCUAUUUCCGUCAGCGGAGCGCGGUGGUGGACGGCACGCCCUGUCGCCCGGGCAGGAACGAUAUCUGUGUGGAGGGAGUGUGCAGGCGUCUCGGCUGUGACAGCAUGCUGGACUCGGGGCAGCAGGAGGACGCCUGUCUGCAGUGUGGAGGGAACGGACAGUCCUGCCACCUCCUUAGGAACACCUUCUCCAUGCGGGAUCUACCCAAAGGAUACAAUCAAAUGUUCAUCAUCCCUGUUGGUGCCACCACCAUCCGGAUCAUCGAGAGCGUACCUACUCGGAACUACUUGGCCAUCAAGAACCUGCGUGGUGAGUACUACCUUAAUGGGCACUGGGUGAUCGAGUUCUCCCGGAGCACCCCGAUCGCGGGGACUACGCUGUACUACCAGAGAGGAGCGGAGGGGGAACUGUCCUCCGAGACCAUCACUGGCCGUGGACCGACCACUGAGCCUUUGGUGGUAGAGCUGAUUACUCAGGAACCCAACCGGGGAAUUGAGUACGAGUAUUAUCUUUCCAGCAGCCACCCCAGAGAGGGCCACUACUGGAGCUACGGCUCUUGGUCCGCCUGCAGCAAGGAAUGUGGCUCUGGUUACCAGUCCCGUCUCGUCUUCUGCACGUUUGAUAAUGAAGCCUACGCUGACUACUUGUGUGCGUCUCUGCCUCGUCCUCUCAAUAACCGCACGUGUAACGAGCAGCCGUGUCCCCAAACACGCAGGAUGGCGUACGUGUACGCACCACAAGUCUGGACACACAAGGAGGCAACACAUGUUUAUGUUCAGGUGUACAGCUGGAAGGUCAGUGAGUGGAAUCGGUGCUCUGUGACGUGUGGUGGUGGCACUCAGGUUCGACAGGUGGAGUGUGUCGCUCACGAUGCGUCUGGGAGGCGACUGGUGGAGGACUCUCUGUGUGAGACUUACACACCCAGACCCGUCAGCCAGCAAACCUGCAGCAUGCAGCACUGCGCGCGGUACAGCGUGUCAUCAUGGAGCCAGUGCUCUGUGACGUGUGGCUCUGGAGAGCAGACAAGAGAGGUGACGUGUGUGGGUUCAGCAGGAAAUCGUCUUACAGAUUACAUGUGUGCCAGUCUGCCCAAACCACCAAACACGCAGACCUGCGAGAUGCCCGGCUGCAUAACCCGGAUUGGCUGGCACAUCGGUGACUGGGGGCUGUGUUCUAAGAGCUGUAGCUCGGGGCUUCGGGAGCGGCAGGUGAUCUGUUCAGACUCACAGAGAAACAUUUACGGGGUGGAGCGCUGUAACACCUAUCACAAACCCUCUACUGUGGAGAGCUGCAACACACAGCCCUGCUACAGCCCGCAGGCGGUUCCCAGCAUGCAGGACCCGAGAGGUUAUGACAACACCAUUUUCGGUUUCUACCCCUACAAUCCUGAGGACGGCACCCUGGGUCACCAGCGCGAUGUUCCUUACUGCCAUCAGACUGCGUUCGGCUGUUGUCCGGAUGGUGUGACUCCAGCCAGUGGACCUCAUGGUCAGGGGUGUUACCAACCAUCACCCUGUACCCGCACCAGGUACGGCUGUUGUCAGGACGGUGUGACUCAGGCUCAUGGACCCAGUAAGGAGGGAUGUCCAGAACAUGUUCCCGCCGUCCCAGCUGUGGAACCUCGUGGGGUCUGCAGCAGGUCCACAUACGGCUGCUGUUAUGAUGGAGUGACUGCAGCUCAGGGUUCUAAUGGAGACGGCUGUCCUGGCGGGGCUCAGCGUGCUCCAUGUGAUCUGCCCCACACUGCUGGAUUGUGCGACGAGUGGACCGCUCGAUAUUACUACGACCCUGCCUCGUCUCGUUGUGAACACUUCUGGUACGGUGGCUGCCAUGGCAACGCAAAUAACUUCGCCACCUUGGAGGAGUGCCAGCAGACAUGCCAGAACAAAAGGCCCGUCUCCACGUCAUACAGCACCGCCUGGAGCCAGAUCCGGCCGGGCGCCAACACUUCUCAGCAUUCACAACGUCGCUGGGUUCAGUCGGGGGGGCGCAGGCCGGCAACCAGAGACGUGCAGGGUAACAGCCCUAGUGACAGUUGGCCUGCUGCGGGUGUGAGUAUAGACAAGUCGGACCCGUCUACGGUGGAGGGUAUAGUGGGCCAGUGGGUGGUGUUGCCAUGCAAAGUGAACCCGCCGCCAUCGUCCACGGUGACGGUCGAGUGGAGAAAAGACGGUGUUCUUCUCGACUCCUUCAGUCACAUACGACAGCCCGAUGGCUCCCUGUUCAUGGGCCCUGUGAGGAUCACCGACUCUGGCUGGCUGCUGUGUGUGGCCACACGAGACCGUGACCGAGAUCACCGCUACAUUUACCUCUCUGUCUCAGAGCCCAAAGACGGGGCAGGUAGACCAGACUCUGCAGACUCCAGAGUUUUCCCUCCCAGGUUCAGUAUUGACCGAUCAGAACCCUCGGUGGUAAACGGCCGCGCGGGUCAGAGUGCCAGGCUCCACUGCACCGUCCUACCGUCUUCAGCUGCUACUUCAGUCAUCAUACAGUGGACGAAAAAUGGAGCCGUUCUCAACACACUCAGACACUCUCAGCACUCUGACGGCACGCUGGUGAUUAAUAACCUCACAGCUGAUGAUUCGGGCACUUAUACCUGCACGGCCUCCAACAGCCAGCAGCAGGAGCAGCUGCAAAUCCAGCUCAGAGUCUCAGGGGACCUGAGGAUCACCACAGCUCCCAAGAACGUGCAGACGUCUCAGGGCAGCGUGGUUCGGCUCCCGUGUGUCGCAUCAGGAGAAAAUGUCAACAUAGCUUGGUCCAGGAACGGUGUGCCAGUGAGACCAGAUGGGCAUCGGGUGCAGGUGUCGGAGGAUGGCAGUCUGACGCUCUAUAACGUGCAGCCUGUGGACGAGGGCUUGUACACCUGCAACGCCUACGCCGGCACACACGCUGUCAGCGCCUCUGCCGAAAUUCGAAUAACCAAAGAUUCGGACGGGGGUCAAAGCCCGUCUCCCGACUGCGUGGACGAGCCUGAGUUAGCCAACUGUCGGCUGAUCGUCAGUGCCCGUCUGUGUGGACACAAGUACUACUCCAGCUUCUGCUGUGCCAGCUGUUACAGCUACUCUUUAGGAAAGGGCAAGCCUAGGAGACAUGUAUAGGGAUUGAGAAUCCACAGCGAACAGUCUCACCUCCUUAUACGCCACUGAAUGCUGGGAAACGCCACUCGUCAGGCGGACCAGGUGGACCGUCUAUCAGCAGUUAGGGUUUUACGGUUCUUCACUGUUCUCUGUAAAGAGGAACUUAUGUUCAGAUGUCUGAGCCUGGAUCAACAGUGAGAGACAGAACACUUCUAUCCAGGAGUACAGAGGACCACUCUGGCAUGUGCGAAUGUGUAUUGUAAAAGCAGUUGAAUAUAUUGGUUCAUUUUAUAACAGGAAAACAUAUUUGUUUUUAUUUUUAUUAUAUAUGCAUUUAUAUUUAUAAUGAUGGUCUAUGUCUUUAUAUAUUUUUUUAUGUACAUUACCAUGUCUUUUUGCGUGAAACACACAACACUGACUAAUGUCCUUCACACACUCAUUAUCUUUAUUAAUCUGUUUUGUUUCUCAUCUGGUUUUAAUAACUAUGUGCCAUCAGCAUAACAGUAGGAACUAAUACUAUUCCUCCUAAGGGAAAUAGCAAUGGCCCUAAAACUGAACCCUGUGGAACACCGAACUUCAAAACAUGCAGAAUAGUCACCAUUUAAACAAACAGAUUAUGAUCAGUCAAACAGGAUCUGAGCCAGCAGAGGGCUGUUCCAUUAAUUCCUACUACAUUUUCCAAUCUGUGAAGGAAAAUACUAUGUAACGGUGUCAAAAGCUGCACUGAGGUCAAGUAAAAUAAGCAAAGAGAUGCAACCCUGAUCAGAGGCCAAUAGGAGGACAUUUACUACUUUAACCAGCGCUGUCUCUGUGCUGUGAUGGGGCCUAAAUCCUGACUGAUACAGUUUGUGAAUGUUAUUCUUAUGCAGAUAUGAACAUAGCUACUUUGCUAGAGUGUCAGCCUUUUCUAGAAUUUUGGAGAUAAAAGGGUGUUUAAUUUAUUUCUGGUAAUAUCUGUUUGAAUAACCUUGUAGAGAUAGGAUCUAGUACACAUGUUGAUGAUUUUGCUGAAGAGAUUAGUAAAAUAAGUUCAGUCUCUUAAAGAGGAGUAAACUAUUGUGCUGGUCUGAUAUAGUUAGAUUAUCUCCUACAUCAUUAUGUAUACAAUGGUCUGGUUUUAAAGCAUACGUUUUUUUUGUCUACUAUUUUCAUGUAAAAAUUUCCUGAAGUCCUCAUAA